AUGGUACAGAAGGAAAGGUUUUCAAAGGAGAUAGAUAUUUUGAAACCUAUCUUAAAAACUAGCUCCAAUGAAACACCUGUUUCCUUACUAAAGAAAAUAGGCAAACCUUUGAGCAAACUCAGUCCCUUCCUCGAUGAGCACGGCCUUCUUCGUGUCGGAGGACGCCUGAAAAAAUCUGAUCUGGCGUACGAUACUAAACAUCCUCUUCUAUUGUCUAGUCAACAUCAUUUGACUGAUAUUAUCAUUCGUGAAAUUCAUGAACGUACUAAGCAUGCUGGUAUUUCGUUAACCUUCUAUACACUUCGUGAGAGAUUUUGGAUUAUCAAUGGAAAACACCAAAUCCGUGGUAUAAUUCAUCGUUGUGUGACAUGCAUUCGUCAUAGUCCUCAGGAUUCGCAUGCAAAAAUGGCAGAUAUGCCGGAUGUUCGUGUCAAUGAAUCUCCGGCUUUCUGUCACACUGGAGUUGAUUUCUUCGGUCCUAUCCUCAUCAAAGAGAAAAAGGAUCGUAACAAAACUUUCAUAAAAACUUACGGUUGCGUUUUCGUAUGCAUGGUUUCAAAGGCAGUGCAUAUUGAAAUCGCAGUCGAUCUCUCUACUGAAGGUUUUCUCGCAGCUUUGAGUAGGUUCAUUCAUCGUCGAGGCACUCCAGAACGUGUCUUUUCCGACAACGGAACCAAUUUUGUAGGGGCUAAUAGAGAGCUUACUGAAAUUUAUAAGCUUGUCGAUAGCCGUGAAUUCAAACAAACAGUAGGAAAUUAUGCUCUUUCCAAAAAGAUAGACUGGGAAUUCAACCCAGCUUUAUCUCCUCAUUUUGGAGGUCUUUGGGAAGCGGCUGUAAAGAGUUUCAAACACCAUUUGAAACGCGUUUUAGGGGACAAGAAACUUACGUAUGAACAACUUAAUACCUUAGUAAUUGAAAUUGAAGCUAUCUUGAAUUCUCGUCCUCUAUACACAUUUUCAGCCGACCAAAAUGAUCCUCUAGCUAUCACCCCCGCUCAUCUUCUCAUAGGUAGACCAUUCACUGUCUUACCAGAACCUAAUUUGCUUUCAGUUCCUGAUAAUCGGCUAUCUGUGUACAACUUCAUCACCAAGGCCCGACAGGACUUUUGGAAAAAAUGGCACAAGGAGUAUCUACACGAGCUCCAGGUCCGUAACAAAUGGCAAUCAUCUACCGCUGAACUCAAAGUUGGUUCUGUGGUACUCCUCCUCGAGGACAACGUCGCAUGCGCUAGAUGGCCAUUGGUUGUGAUCGUCGAGAUCUUUCCCGGAAGCGACGGCAUCGCAAGAGUGGCGUCCGUUAAAACUGCGAACGGCGUUUACAAACGCAACAUAACACGUUUAUGUAUAUUACCAAUAAUGUAA